AUGUUUAUAUGGAAACAGAGCACUUUGGUUCUAUCUACCUUGUUUGCUUUGUUGUGGGUGGUCCAAGGCGUCGAGGUGACUUCAUCCUCCAAACAUGUUAAGCAAUCCCAAGUUGAAGCCUCUAAAACUGUGCCCAAACGUAGUUUAGAUGCUUUUAUUGGUGAUGCUGGCUUUGGAGGUUCGGGUUGGCAGCAAACUGCCUUAAAACUAAAUGGUUUCUCCAACGGCUGGAAUCCCUGGAAUGCUCACUCAACUCGCAUAGCAUCAGGACCCUCACCCAGUGAAGUGGCCAAUGCUAUAGCUGCCGCCAAACAGGCUUCCGCCAACGUUUUAAUAGCUCAACAACAAAUGCAGGCCGCCAAAGAGAAUGUCCUUAAUCAACAACGUAUGGCCAUGGAAAAAGAAGCCAGUGCCGCUAUACUAACCCAAAAAUCCGAAGCAGCUGCUGCUAUACAACGUUCUGAGGCAGCUGCCGCUGCUCAGGCGGUUUUAUUGGCCCAACAACGUUUGGCGGCUACAAAAUCGGCCGUGGCCCAUCAACAACGCAUUGCCUCGUCUAAAGAAGCUGAGGCGGCCAAUGCUCUACAACGUUCUGCUCAUGCUGCCGCUGCUGAGAUACAAAAAACUGAAUAUGAAGCCUCUAAAUUGGGACAAUUGGCUCGUAACAGUAAUGCUGGGUCUGCUCAUCAUUUGACUUUCACCAAAGAUGCUGCUUUCAGUCCCAUAACAGCUGGUACUAAUCAUGUGCCCAAUUUAGAGUCUUUAGGACCCUGGUCAGCAGCAGCCGCUGCUGCAGCUGCCGGUGCUAAGUCGGGAGCUCCAUCCGGUUGGUUAUAA